AUGACCAGCGUGUUCGACAUGGAGGACGUCAGCGAUGUUAAGUGGUUCAGCAGUAUUUGCUGCGGCAUAUCUGUGGUUAUGUGCAUCCUUUCAAUCGUAUACAUGCAUAUCUUCCUUAAUGCGAAGGUCUGUGUUCAAUCUGUAAACAAUGCGUUGAACGGCGGAUCUGAUGGAAAGACUCAGCAGGAUGAUACGCCCACAGUCGCAGCCGAUUUGGAGGAGCCAAAGAAGCGCCAGAAUAGUGCAUCCAACGGCACGCUCGACGAGUUACUGCUGCCCCCUCGGCCGUGGCUGACGAUGAUGCGGGGGUCUUUCUGGGAGUUGCUCAGCUUGUUUCUUGUUUUCUUCAUUACAUUUAACCUCUUCCCGAAGGUCGGCCCCGUAUCCUUUAAUUUUGAGGGAAAAGCUCCAUCGAAGAUGGUCCUGCUCUUUGGCAUGGAGUUUAUUGGAGAUUUCCUUGGCCGGUCGUGCCUCAAACUGCCGGACUUGCAUCCGAUGUUCGGCUUCCUGUUCCUCUCGCGCAACGCCACGGUUGUCGUCUCAUUUCUUCGCUUUUUGUUUUACGUCCCUUUUUUCCUGGCAAUGAAGAUGGAGGAAACUCCAUUUAUCAACAGCUUUGCUUGGCUUAUGAUCAUCCAGCUUUUGCUCGCCUUUACGCUCGGUUGGGUCGGCACUUUAUCCCUCAUCCACUGUUCCAUGGUCACUAGCCCUGGAGGCCUUCUUACUCGCACUGUCGUUUUGCUAGAGGGUGCACUUUCUCGUUCAUAG